CCAUCCUCCUCGCUCAGUGCAACCUUGAACGUCGAAGCGCGCGCGCGCUUAAAAAAACAACUGUCAAAACUGUCAUCAAUGUCAAAAUGGCCGCCAAAAAGUUCGCGUGCUUAAUCCUAAUUUUAUAUUUCAACCAAGUACAAAGUGCCAGUUUGUUGGAGCGGUCUUAUGAGUAUUUCAUGAAUUUAGGCAAGAGUUGGGCGCCAAGUUUUAUGACGUUUCUGGACUGUAUAGGGGAGGAUGAGCCGUUCAGUUGUGCGAAGGAAAAGGCGGGAAAACUGCUCGACGGGUGGGACGAAGAUGUACAGAAACAGAGGAGGAGCUGGCAAGAGGCAGCUGAUGCUGAAGUAGCAGCUUCAGGAAGGUCCCUGGACCAGAUGCCGUCCAGGAUCGGCAUGCAAGUCGAAGACUCCUUGAACUCCUUGGUGGAGAUCGUCAGCCAUGGAGUGGCGAGAGCACUAUCUAAGAAGCACGACCACGGUGGCGGCAUCGACUCCAUCACCAUCUCCACCGGUGGGAACAAGGAUAAGAAGAUGAAGAAGAAAAAGCAGAAACCGCCCAAGAUCCACCUUGUCCACCCCAUGAUGGUGGCGCCUAUGCAGAAGGCUGAUAAAGGUCGUGGCUUCGAUUCCUCCAAAGUCCAGUCUUGGGUGAUCGGGGAAGAAGCGAGGAAUGUCCCUCAGAACUCUUCUAGAAGGGGGAGGGGGCUGGUCUCCGAGUUUUGGGACUUGGGCGAGGCAGCGUUGGAUGCUGCUGCUGAGCAUGCGAUGAAGAGCGAUGAAAAAGAGGAUGGGGUUGCGGAUAAAAGCUCUUUGGAAGAACAAAGAGGCAAGAAGAAAAAGAAAAAGAAGGCGAUCCUCAAGCUACUGAUUCUAGGAGCUGUAUUGAAAGCCAAAAUCGGAACCUUAUUACAAAUUCUAUCGUUCAAAUUACAGGUUAAAUUCUUCCUCAUCGCUCUUAUUGGCCUGGGCAUCAACCUAGCUCGGCUCUGGAUCGACCUGAAGAACAAACACAGUUCGCAACCGCAGAAGGUGAUAUACUAUGAGCACGCACAGCACCAGCAUCAUUAUGACCACGAGGAGGACCACGGCUGGGGACCCUGGUCCCGGAGUAUAGACCCCGAGGAGACAGCGGAACUGGAAGACCUCCCUGCCUCCCCCUACCACGCACAGGAGAGGCAAGACGUCCAGUACCGCCCUCUACUUACUAAAGACUAAAGUCCCCAGUCAGUUAGCUUAAAUACUCUUAAGUUUAUUUAUUUUGAGGCUAAUCUUUCGGAAACUAAAAGAUAGCGUUUAUAGGGAAUUUGCAUAGUGUUAAUAGGCAUUAAAUAAUUAACGCCCGUAUUCACAAUCAUU